UGCAAUGAUUCGAAACUAGCAGAGCCGCAGAGCCUAACCUCUGUGAUCCAGAAAUAAAGAAAAGUUAUUGUUUACAUCAAACAAAAUAAAAUAAAUACAUAACAUCCUCUAAUGCAAAAAGCAGUUGAUCGCAAUGACGACAGCGCUUCAACAGCAAGUGUUCGCUUUGGAUGCGCGAUUUAACGCCCAAAGGGCCCCAAGCAGCCCGAAUUUCCGAACCCUUUACAUAAGACGCCGCAGUCAGCUACUAAGAGAAACACUCAGAAGCACAGACCAAUGGAAAGCCUACCUCAGACUGCGGUCCACCCUUUUACUGCACCAUUAUGGCAACGCCCGACUGGAGCUGGGGUCAACUUCCAGCUUGUCUCAAUCGAUCUGCACUGUGCCCCCCGAGUGGGCCUCAUCCAUUCCCUGGCCGAACAGAGACAUUCUCGUGCCGACCAAACAGGCCGAGGCCUCGAGGGCCAUAGUGGGCGACAACAGCAUAGCUGAUAAUUAUGCCUUCAGUGGCGUUCACCAUAUUUUCGACCAGCAUGUAAAAGCGGUGACAAUGGUGAAAUUUGCGAACAAUGAACGCUACAGGCUGUGCUGCAGCUCCUUGGAUGGCAACCUGUCUGUUUGCGACCUAUCCAGCGAUCCUCCCAAGAUUCUAAGGGUACUGAAAGGGCACACCGCGGCCGUUCCAGCUUUCGAGUGGUCGGCGAACAAUGACUUUAUUGCCAGCGUGUCCCUGGACGCAACCAUUCGCCUGUGGAAAUCCGCGGACUUCAGUUGUCUCCGCACACUGGCGGAGCCCCACGGCGCCCAGAUUUUGUGCUGCAUUUUCCAGCCGAGCAACAACAACCUGAUCCUGAUCGGCAACAGUAGGGGCGAGAUCCGAAUCGUCAACGUAUCCACGGGGCUUUUUCUGAAGAACUGUUGCAAAGUGGGCGGGUGCAUCCUAACUAUCACGUCGGACACCAAUGGCAAAAUCAUAUGGGCAGGCAAUGAUAGAGGGGAAAUCCUCUCCAUCUUCUGCGAAGUGAACGGGGGCUUGUGCAAAGGCAAAAGGAUCACUCUGGACCCCAACUGCUACAUAACCAGCCUCAGCUAUCGCACGUGGAUUAGCAGAGAAGCCCGAGAUCCCAUGCUGUUGGUCAACGCCACCAACAACUCCAUGUGCUUGUUUAGUGUGGGCGACUACGAAGGCAGCCUCCAGCUGAAGAGGAAGUUUCAAAACCGGCACCGAAAGCACGUGGUCAAGUCCACCUUUUGCCCCAUCAUGUCCUUCAGGCAAGGCGCCUGUGUUGUUACCGGCAGCGAGGAUGGAAGCGUGUACUUUGUGGACGUGGAAACAUCCAGCAGCAAAGCGGUGGUUAACACGCUUCAGGGCCAUUCCAGCACGGUGUUGAGCAUCAGCUUCAACAGCGACGAGUCUCUUCUGGCCACCAGCGACCUGGAUGGCCUGAUAAUUAUUUGGAAGCGAGGCCACAAGUAGGACGCCAGGCAAAGAGUGGGGACCGGUAAAUAGGCUAUUUAUAUUGUUCCUUUCAAAUACAACGGAGUGAUUCAGCA